CGUGCCGCCUUGUCGCUUCAAUCCAACAACAACUGAAACGAGAGGUGGUUGAGGAGAGGUUUUGUUGUUGUUGUUGGCAAACGAAGGAGGAUGGAUGCUUUGGCAGGUCAAGUUCCAAAGCUCUUGGAGGCACUUAUUCGCAAGCUCUUCACCACCGAAGGGCACGUAGCGGCGCCCAAGGUGUUUGUCGCCAGUGCCGUUCCUCUUGUGGCAUCUUUGUUUUGGCAUUAUUCUCGAACCAUUGUGGAAAUCACUGACGAUGAACAGGCUCGUUGGGUCCAGUACUGGUUAACACAACGUCAAGAUGCCAUUCGACGAGUGCGACGAGUGGUAUUGGUCACGGCAGGAUCCAUGGUCGGGUCCAGACAACGGGGAAGACGUCACUACUUUGACGAGCCCAGCACCAACCAGGACGAGACUGAAGUCGGAGAGCGAUUCUCGCCUCCGAAACUUGUCGAAACCCCGGCCGCCGGGGUGUCUACUUGGAUAUGGUUUGGAUGGUUCCCUGUUUCGAUUCAGAGCAGUCGAAUGAGCUCCAUGAACCCUUAUGGCGUACCACGCUCUUCUGGUGGUGCACAGGAUGACUGCAGAUGCAGUCUGACUGUUUGGUUUGCUCCUCGUGGCGUUGAUAUUGCCAAGAAAAUCAUCUUGGAAGGUCGUCAGCUCUGGCUGUCCAAACGGUCCACCAAAACAGAAGUGCUCACCUUUCGAGAGCACCACCGCCCAAUUUCGUUUGACGUAUCGGCAAGGCCCAGUCGUCCUCUUUCAUCUGUCAUUGUAGAAGGCAACACAAAGGCACUACUUCUGGAAGAUGCAACCAGGUUCCUACAAGGCGAGAAAUGGUACUUUGGCAAGGGGAUUCCCUACAGGAGAGGAUAUCUCCUUUACGGGCCUCCUGGCUGUGGGAAAACAUCCUUGAUCACGGCACUCGCCGGGGAGCUUCGUUUGCCCAUUGUGCUGGUUCCCUUGUCCGGAAGCACUAAUGACUCCACCAUCGUUGAAGUCAUGCGUGCUGCCCCUCGCGAUUCCAUCGUCCUUAUUGAAGACGUCGAUUGCGCCCUGCCCGAAAAGAGGGGGGAUGAUGCUCUUCCUCCGGGAGCAAUCAAUCACAAGGGCCAGAUUUAUCACAGCCGACCACCCGGUAGACAGCAAGGCCCCAACGUCACACUAUCAGGGCUGCUGAAUGCCAUUGAUGGCGUGGCUGCCCAGGAAGGGCGCCUUCUUUUUAUGACCACCAACCAUCGCAACCGCCUUGAUGAAGCUCUUAUCCGUCCGGGACGAGUGGAUGUGCAGUGUCAUCUUCAGAACGCGUCACGGGCCGCCGCGGGAGAACUCUUUGAUCAGUUCUUUUUGACACCAGGCUCGGAAACAACAACCCACAAAAGCAGUAGCGUGGAUAAUCUCUCAGAGGCUCGGGCAGCCUUCCUUGCGGAGGUGGAAGAUGGCGUCCACUCCUUUGCGAAGCUACAAGGAGCACUCAUGAAGGCCCGGGAUGACCCAGGACGUUCCGCCGAGGAGAUGCGUAUCACCGUCGCGACCACCUCCACGGACGACAAAGGCGGCAACUCCGACCAAGGAGGGAACAACGGCGAAACGGGAACAGAACAAGCCAAGGAGAACGGUGAACAGACAAGCAACCAGCUGGCCAGCCAGCUCUAGCAUUGCUUCAGCAACGAAUUCAAUAGUUACAAUACUAUUAAAACUUACUGGCCCGCCACCAAGAAGUCAUUAUUUCAUGGCUGCCGUGUCUUCCUCGCUUGCUUUGGAUCUAGGUAUCAUACAUAUAUACCCACAGCGUUCCUUCGUUAUUGGCUUCCUGCUGUGGUUGACUUCAAUACCGGUAGCUGCCAUUGGCAAUUGCGGAUUGAUUCACAGUGAAAGAAUCCAUCCUGUGGCUUGACCACUGGCUAGCUGGCACAGCCUCAUUCAAAUACCCUCUACCUGUACUAGUAGUCUACCUCCCACAUAGCCCGCAACUACCGGUCCCAAAGGAGCGACAGCUGUUGCGAUAAUCUGCAAUGGUAGCGGCAACUACCGGUACCGGUACUGUGAUUGUGUGGCCGUACACUAUUGUGUAGCAUACGCAGCAUGUGAAGCAAAUCUCACGUGGCGUAGAACUACGGUACGGUUCACUUUCACAUUUAUUUGGAACACAUUUAGGAGCCCAAAUAGGAAUCUUUUUUUAUUUUAGAGUCUGUCAUGCGGUACGACGACCUGUUUCAAAUAAUAGAAAUUUCAUGGGGCAAAUAUGCGCUUGACGCCAGUCUCUUUCUUAUCUAUUCGAGAGCUAUUCGAGUAGGCUUCCGAGGGUUGAUGGCCAGACGGUAUCUUCCAUGAACUUGGAAAGUUGCUUUCGAGUCUUAAAGAGCCAGUGCUCGAUUCUCUCAACCUCUUACAGUCAGUAUUUGAAUAAUAGUGCCCGAUUUCCGGUCUCAGUGAGUUUCAUCUCCCUUGAUGUUAAUUCCUGUUGAUUCCUGUUGAAACGAAGAGGGUAC